AUGCCCGAGCAAGAUGAAUUUACCGACAGCACAGACUGGCUUCCCACGCCGCUCGCCGCCCUUGCCCCGCUUGACUCGUCCCUGCGCUGUCAAGUCUGCAAGGACUUCUUCACCACGCCCAUGAUGACGAGCUGUUCGCACACUUUCUGCAGCCUGUGUAUACGACGGUACCUGUCGCAGGAAGGCCGAUGUCCCGCAUGCAGGGAAUCUGAUCAGGAGAUCAAACUGCGGAGGAAUUGGGCCGUGGAGGAGUUGGUCGCGAAUUUCACGGCGGCUCGGAAAGGUAUCUUGACCUUUGCCACUGCUGCCACCGUCGUCGAGGAAGCCCAGCAGCAGCAACAGCAGCAGCAGCGAGAUGGGGCAGAGGAGCAGAGACCCAGCAAGAGGCGGAAGGUGGAUGUGGCGCCCGCAACAACAAACGGCCUGGGUAGGCGAAGUACUCGGAGUCAGAGUCGGAAGAGCCAACAACAUGCACCCGUCCCAGCGGCGGCACAAGAAGUCAUCAUUGGUGACAGCGAAGAUGAUGAAGAGGGGAGUGUGUUUGAGGAUCCAGAGGACAAAAUCCAAAGCCCACAUUUUGCUCCUGCCAAUGGCACCACACAGUCCCACGAAGGCCUAGUCGAAUGUCCCUGUUGCGGCCGGCGCGUGAAAGAGGCACUCAUAAACUCCCAUCUCGACCGGUGCAUACAAGGCGACAGCUCUACACCCAUCGAUACCGGUGCCUCCUCAUCUUCUCCCGCCCCGUCCAACGGUCGCCCGGGCCAAGUCGCCCCACCAGGCACGAUCGCCUACUCUCAACGAAAGCCCGCGCUGCAGACCGAACGGCUACCAUUCAUCAAUUAUUCCCUCUUCAGCGAUGCUAAGCUCCGGCAAAAGCUGAAGGAACUCGGCAUUCCUAACCAUGGCUCCAAGGACCUCAUGCGCCGACGGCACACCGAGUGGGUGAACCUGUGGAACGCGAACUGCGACUCCACCACCCCUGACAGUAAACGCCAUUUGCUACGGGAACUCAAGGUAUGGGAGGAUACCCUGGGCCGUCAAUUGGAAAGACCGACCACAAACACGGGCUUCAUGGCCAAGGACUUUGAUCGCGGCACACAUCUCCGCGCUCAGAAGGGCAAUUUCGACGACCUGAUCAGGCAGGCUAGAGAGAGGGCGAAACUCAAUGCUGCGCAACGGUCAGAGGAGAAGGACACGACUUCCACGGUCGAGGACGAGACGACGACGCCCGAAGCGAUCUCAGAUACACGAAUCGAGCCGGUCAAUCUCAGGCCGCCUCAACCUCACCAUCCUUCCGAGUCAGACGCAACGUAUCCACACCGGACAGCCGACCAAGGGACCACCGCGGAAUUGGGCAUUGAAAACGCAACUGCAAGGCCCACGGAUGAGGCUCGAACAGAUCUGCCGGACGGCGGUGCUGUAGAGCCGGAAAUCGAUACCUCCACGCCACAAUCUUUGCGCGACCCUUCGGCAGAACCAUCAGCUCUCCAGAAUGGAAUGAGUACUGCGCCACGGACGCCUUCCAGACGCUUCUUCGUCUAA